AUGCAGGCCCCCGAGGUGAUCAUGUGCCAGCCGUACGACGUCUGGGCCACCGGCGCCUGGUCGCUAGGGCGGCGGACCACGCUGCGGAGUUAUCAAAACGGACCCGAGAAAGCGCAGGAAGUCUUGUUCAGCGCGUUUAAACCUGAGGAAAGAGGAUCCAAAGCUGUAUGCCGCCGUGGAAUUGCUGUCGCCGUCGACCUAGCAUCCGACACCAUGGGUGCUUUGGACGGGAACGAAGUUCUCUACUCCGAGAUCGUCUUCGCCAACGCGGGCGUCCUCGUGCUCCGGGAGAUGGCCAAGGCUUGGUGGGCGGAGGCGUGCAGGGGCUUCACCAUGGCCGACGUCAUGGAGGAAAUGGACGGCCAUAGCAUGAUCUACCAACUGGUGGACCAGCAGCAGAAACUUUACCAUCCCUGCCACCUCCAGAAGACAAAGAUGGAAGACAGCGGCAGGGCGCCAUCCCGCUUGGCGAUCAAGUUCGGCACCCCCAAGGGAAGCAAAAGCAAGAAGCACAACAGCCAGACAAAGCCCACGUCGCUCGGAAGCGACACAGGGCACACGCCCUCAACAGCGACUCCGAAUCCGACGCUGAAUAGGUCAUAUGUUGCAAGCACGCCAGUGAAAACCCUAGAAAUGGAGCGAAAAGGGUCGCCGAGGUUCCCCAACCCCCCCAACGACGUCUCCAAGUAUGACGAGGCGCGCCUGAACGAGGGCCUUGCAUUUGCGGAUCAGACCAUGCGCAACACACAGCGCAGAAUCCGAGAGCGAGAGACCAAAGAUAGUCCAGCGACGACACCUAAAGACAAGGACAAGAAGAAGGGCGACUUUCAACCACCCAGCAGUGUCUGCGUAGCCCACAUUGUUAGGCAUAGCGUAGGUGACGUGGCAGCCGAGAGCCUCUUUGGCAAGCCCUCACACCGCCGCGGGCAUAUCUGGAACCUGGCCAAUGGCAUCCCAAUGCGAAAGGUAUACGAAGAGGCACUCGACAAGGCCAACCUUGUCAUUGUUCCUGGAGACACCCCUAGAUCCUGGAAAGUUUGCUGCCUGCAGGCGAGGCUGGCCAAGGAGGCGGCAGCCUGGGACAAUGGUGAUGACGAGGAGAUAGACGAUACUCCCAGCUGGUCGACAAAUGUCGUUGGGAUUGUCAAACAGGAUGCCGACAACGAGGAUGGAAAGGAUGCAUAUGCUACUUCCCCAACCAAGGCCAAGGACAUCUUCAAUUGA